AUGGUUUCUGAUACUUCCUCAUCCGAGCGAGCCCCAUCUGUACCCCCAACCAACGCCGAGCCUGACACGCAGACCCCUGUCAACGCGGCUCCAAUCGCGGUCGACAAUUUUGGCGACGACACUAACAGUGAAUUCGACGAGCUGUCCGAUCUCACCUCCCUGUCGGAGAGCGUGCUGGAAUUCGAGUAUGAAAAUGGUCGGCGGUAUUGCAGUACCCGCUUGUUAGAGGUUGACCGAGUUAGGAUGCCGAAUGACGAGGAGGAGCAGGAUCGAAUGGAUCUGACACAUCACAUAUGGCUGAUGUUGCUAGGAGGAGAGCUCUACAAUGCCCCGAUCACAUCAUCACCGCAGAACAUUCUUGACCUGGGAACGGGAACGGGCAUUUGGGCUAUGGAUAUUGCCGAGAAAUUCCCCAGCGCCCACGUCAUUGGGAAUGACAUCAGCCCUAUCCAGCCGAGCUGGGUAGCCCCGAACAUCGAGUUCAUCAUGGAGGACUUCGAAAGCGAAUGGCAGUACGAACGAAACCACUUCGACUUCAUCCACGCACGAUGUCUAGCAGGAUGCGUAGCCGACUGGCCAGGGUUUAUACACCAAAUCUACGACCACCUCAAACCAGGCGGGUACUUUGAAUCUCACGAGAGCGCCGUCUGGGCCCGCAGCGACGACGGCACGCUAAAAGCAGACUCCGCGCUCAUGGAAUGGCAACAGGCAGUGAACUUCGCCGGCGAGAAGAGCGGCCGCGAGCUGAACAUCUACCACAAGCUCAAGGACUGGAUGAUCGCGGCGGGCUUUGAGGACGUGCGCUUGUCGGUGUACGCGCUGCCGUUCUCGCCCUGGCCGCGCGAUCCGCAUCUGAAGGCGUUGGGGAAGUACCAGGCUGUGCAGUUGCAGCAGGCUAUUGAUUCUUAUUCGCUGCGCUUGUAUACGCACGUGCUGGGCUGGAGUGCGGAUGUCGCGAAGAUUCAUAAUGCGGUUGUUAAGCGGGAGUUGCGGGAUAAGAAGUUGCAUGCUUAUGUUCAGACAGUUGCCGUCUAUGGGAGAAAGCCUCUUCGCUCCUGA